CCGGGCACGGGGCCGGGGGGAGGCGGCCGUACCCCGGCCCUCACGGCCCCGGUGGCGGCGGCCGGUGCCGUGGUGGCACCGCGGGCGCCUGCGCGGCGCUCCUCCUCCUCCUCCUUCUCCUCCUCCUCCUCCUCCUCCUCCUCCUCCUCCCGCCGGCGGCGGCCGCUGUCAGGAUGAGGCGGAGGAGGCGGAGGCCCAGGCCGGCAGCUCCCGUCUCUCGCCGGGGCCCCCUGGCGUAGCGGUUCCCGCUCCGACGCCGCGGCUGGAGGCGGAGGAGGCCGCGGCGGCGCCGCCCGCCCGCCGGAGCCAUGGCCCAGCCGGGCCCGAGCCCCCCGACGGACGUUGCUCUUCUACAACGGGUGGCAGAAUUGGAAAAGGUCAAUGCAGAAUUUCUGCGCACAAAGCAGCAACUCGAGCAAGAAUUUAAUCAAAAGAGAGCGAAAUUUAAGGAGCUGUACUUGGCUAAGGAAGAGGACCUGAAAAGACAAAAUGCAGUGCUUCAAGCAGCCCAAGAUGAUCUGGGACAAUUGCGGACACAGCUGAUGGAAGCUCAUGCUGAAAUGGAGAACAUCAAAGCUAUAGCCACUGUCUCUGAGAAUACAAAGCAGGAAGCUAUCGAUGAGGUGAAGAGACAGUGGCAAGAAGAAGUGGCCUCACUGCAAGCUGUAAUGAAAGAGACUGUUCGUGACUAUGAGCUCCAGUAUCAUCACAGGUUGGAGCAGGAACGAGCUCAGUGGAAUCAGUAUCGAGAAAAUGUGGAACGGGAAAUAGCAGAGUUAAGAAGGCGUCUGUCUGAAGGUCAAGAGGAGGAAAAUCUAGAAAAUGAAAUGAAAAAGGCUCAGGAAGAUGCUGAGAAGCUUCGUUCGGUUGUGAUGCCUAUGGAGAAAGAGAUUGCAGCACUAAAAGAGAAAUUGACAGAAGCUGAAGAAAAAAUAAAGGAGUUAGAAGCAUCAAAGGUUAAAGAACUGAACCAUUAUUUGGAAGCUGAGAAGUCAUGUAGGACUGACUUAGAGAUGUACGUGGCUGUUCUCAACACACAAAAAUCAGUACUGCAAGAAGAUGCAGAAAAGCUGCGGAAAGAACUGCACGAAGUCUGCCAUCUCUUAGAGCAAGAGCGACAACAGCACAACCAGUUGAAACACACAUGGCAGAAAGCCAAUGACCAGUUCUUGGAGUCUCAGCGUUUGUUGAUGAGAGACAUGCAACGUAUGGAAAUUGUUCUGACCUCUGAGCAGCUUCGACAAGUUGAAGAACUGAAAAAAAAGGAUCAGGAAGAUGAUGAUCAGCAGAGACUUAGCAAGAGGAAGGAGCAGAAGCAAAAAGAUUCAGAUGAUGAAACGAAAGCUUCAUGUUCUCUAGCCCAUGAGGAAUCCCUUACCCAGCUCUCUAAUGAAGAGGUGCAUUUAAAUAGCACCCAUGGCUCAGUCCAUUCGUUGGACGCAGACUUGCUUCUGUCUUCUGGUGAAUCCUUCAAUAAAUCAGAAAAUGAUAUGUUUAAAGAUGGACUACGGAGAGCACAGUCAACAGACAGUCUGGGGACAUCUGGAUCUUUACAGUCCAAAGCUUUAGGAUACAACAACAAAGCAAAAUCUGCUGGGAAUCUGGAUGAGUCAGAUUUUGGACCACUUGUUGGAGCAGAUUCCGUCUCUGAGAACUUUGAUACAGCUUCCCUUGGGUCUCUGCAAAUGCCAAGUGGGUUUAUGUUAACCAAAGAUCAGGAAAAAGCAAUCAAAGCAAUGACGCCAGAGCAAGAAGAGACUGCUUCGCUUCUUUCCAGCGUUACACAAGGGGUAGAAAGCGCUUACGUGUCUCCUAGCGGGUACCGCUUGGUGAGCGAGACAGAGUGGAAUCUUCUGCAGAAAGAGGUGCAGAAUGCAGGGAACAAGCUGGGCAGACGCUGUGAUAUGUGCUCCAAUUAUGAGAAGCAGUUGCAAGGCAUCCAGAUUCAGGAGGCUGAGACAAGAGACCAGGUGAAAAAGCUGCAGGUGAUGCUGAGGCAAGCCAAUGACCAGCUGGAAAAGACUAUGAAAGAUAAACAAGAAUUGGAGGAAUAUAUGAAACAAAGUGCUGAAGACUCUGGUAAUCAGAUCUCUUUGCUUAUGGUUAAGUGUCAGAAGUCGGAGAAUUUCCUCAGUGAACUGCAGCAGGCGUUUUCACAAGCAAAGAGAAGUGUCCAGGAGCAAAUGGCUGUCCUGACACAGUCAAGGGAGCAGGUUUCAGAAGAGUUGGUGAGACUGCAAAAAGAUAAUGAAAGUCUUCAAGGAAAACAUAGCUUGCAUGUGUCUUUACAACAAGCUGAAGAUUUCAUUCUGCCAGAAGCAGCAGAGGAGCUUCGGGAGAUGGUUUUAAAAUAUCGUGAAGACAUAAUUAGCGUGCGGACAACAGCAGAUCACCUUGAGGAGAAACUUAAGGCAGAGAUUUUAUUCUUAAAAGAACAGAUUCAAGCUGAACAAUAUUUGAAAGAAAACAUAGAAGAAACUCUACAGCUGGAAAUAGAGAAUUGCAAGGAGGAAAUAGCUUCCAUUUCCAGUUUAAAAGCUGAAUUGGAAAGAAUAAAAGUGGAGAAGGAACAGUUGGAAAGUUCUUCACAGGAAAACCUGCAGCAGCUGGAGAGUCUGCAGGAAGCAAAAAACACUCUCGAAGAACAGUUGAAGAAGGAGACGGCAGCAAAGGCAAACCUUGAACAGCUGGUGUUUGAAGAGAAGAAUAAAGCUCAGCGGUUGCAGACUGAAUUAGAUGUCAGUGAGCAAGUGCAAAGAGAUUUUGUAAAGCUUUCUCAGACGCUUCAGGUGCAGCUGGAGAGGAUCCGGCAGGCAGAUUCCCUGGAGAGAAUCCGUGCAAUCCUGAAUGACACAAAACUGACGGACAUUAAUCAGCUACCUGAAACAUGACACCCUGAUGAGCGGGCUCCAAGGCUGCAUUUGGGGUUUUUAACUCAUCUUUAUAGCAACAUUAAUUAUUAUUUAACUCUAACCGAAAGAGCAGAAGACAACAGAGGGGAGCAAUGACUAAGUUUUGUUUCUAGAGGGGAAAAGGUUUCAUACUGGGCAGGAAGAGAGCUCGAGAGUGACUUGCUGUGUAGGAAGGAGAAUUUUCUAAUGGAAACACUAAUGAGUGUGGUGUUUCGUGUUCCACUGAGUGGGAUCAGUCCUUACAUUCUGAAAAACUUCCCCUCUUUCAGCCAACUUUGUAACCUAAUAUAGAUUUUUUGGAACAUUUACCCCCCUGUUUUUCCCUUUUUUUUUCCUUUUCCCCCAUUACUGUGAUCAAAGUAGCUGCUGGAAACCAUAUUGUCCCUCCAAAACAUCAAAGAGCAAAGUGGUUGAAGUUUUUCUGUUUGACUAGUCAGUAACAGUAUUCAGCUAGCAGAGAGAAUGAGGUGUAGAGUAUGCUGUAUGAAUAUUUUAUAUUAAAAUAUGACUUUAUUAGCAGGACACUGGAUAUUGAUCUUAUUUUAUAACUCAGUGCUUUUUUUUUUUUAAACCAUUGAUUUUGUGUUGUAGAAUCUGAAUGCUGCUGAAAUGUGGUGGACAUGAGUGAGCUGUGUGUCUCCUGAACAAAAGAAUGCCAAUCCAAAAAAAAACCAACAAACACAACAACAAACAAACAACCAAAACCCUGAAAAAAACUGUACUGAGAACUUAGCUCCUUGAAAUAUUUCCUUUGAAUUCUGAUCCUUUGGAGAAAAAAAAAGCACAAGACAUGUACUGUUUUGUUAUAUCUUCUCACCAGUGUAAGUUAAAACAUGGAAUUACAGCUAGUUCUUUCUCAUCUCUAAAGCUGAACAGUACGUUGGCUUGGGGUUUCUACAGGUCUGUUUUGCUCUAGUGGGUGGCUAUAGAUGUGAAGUCACUAGCUUUCACUGAAAAUGGUCAAGGUAAGAUGCUGAAGGAAGCAAAGUCAGCUUGACCCACCUCUCCUGGGUCAGCAAAACAGUGACUGCACUUGGUCACAGAGCACAAAUGCAUGGCAACUGCAUUGUUCUCCUGGUUCAAGUUUGAAAGGUACAGUGCAUCUCUUACAAGUAUGGUAUCAUGUUACUGCUCUGAGUUGAUUCAUACACUGUCCUGUAUUUCUAUAAGCAUACAUUUAAAUUACACAACAGCAGAGGUAAAAAAAAAAAAAAAAAAAGUUGUGAUCAAUCAGGCUUUAGGUUUGAGUUUCUUAUUAUAUAAAUAAUAUGGUGGUACCACCAGCAUUACUCCUUUUUUCUUCUUUUAUUGGAGAUUCAUGCAUGCAGUUGGAUAGCAACGGUUUUAUGUAUGGCUGUGGGUGUUGGAAAUGGACAUGGAGUUCUUGGACUGGUAGUCCCUUGUUAGGACUCAAAAGAAAGGAGGCUGAGAGAGCAGCCUUGUUUUUGUCCAAAAUUUAUAACUUAAGCUUGCCUCUGUUGUUUACUGUGUUUUCUUUACAUACUUGGUCACAGAUCUGAUGGUGAUGAAGAAAGACAGAAGUGACAGAAAAUGCUCCAAGCUGUAAUGCACAUGACUGUAUUUUUAGCAGUGUAUAUCCUGCUACUAACAUAAAAUUGGAAGGAACUGGUGAUUUCAAAGAGGGUUGCCUUAAAAAAAACAGCCAAAAAGCAGCAUACAAGCUCAAUUGCUUGUAAUUUAUUGCAAGAAUUAAAGCAUUUUAUUCAUCCUAGAAAUUAAUUCCUUUCAUAAUCCUGACACCCAACAUUUUUCCUACGUUGGUAACAACUAGACUAGUAGACGGCGGAGUUAUCAUCUUCCAGGUGACACCUUAUGUCACAUAGCAGAUGUUGAAAUGUGGCUUAGGUUCUUUAUUAAUUGGCUAUUGCCAGAUUUUGGGUUUGUUAACCUCUCAAUUUGCUGAACAGCAAAAAAAGAAAAAAAACAAAACAAAACAAAAAACAGGUGACAGCAGCUGCCUUCUGAUGCAUAAAUCUAAUACCAGAUGUUUUGUGUUCAGUUUUCCAACGGUUAGCAUACUGUUCUGUUGAAUAAAUUCUUGGGAGCAUGGGGGGGGAACAGGCCUUUGCUAAAGAGCUGCAGAAUGAAGAACAUUUUCCUGUGUUCCCUUCCUUCCUGAAGAUUAACUCUAACUGGUUACUGACACUUAACCUGUGCAGCAGUGCUUCAAGGAAGCCUGUUGUUUUGUGGCUAAUCUCAGCAAGCUGAACACUUGAGGAAUUGCACCUGAAGAUCUAUGCAGAAAAAGACUUUUUAGUUGAGUUUAUGGACUGUUGUCUUAAUGCAAGAGCUGCUAAUGGCAUUCCAACACCCCGUUCUGGUCCAGCUCUCAGUGCCCCUUCUCAGCAGCCCUACCUUCCUGUCUGUUCCUGCCUUACACUUAAACAACCCUGGCCUUAGCUGACCGGUUUAAGUUGUUUUGAUUAGCGCAGGGUUGGUGUGGCUUUUCCCUAGCGUAUUUUUACAGAUUGUUGCCCUGGCUUUAUGUAGGUGUGGUACGUUGCAGGUGAUGGCUGCCUUUCCCAGUCUGCAGAGGGACAGGUGAGUGGCACCUCAGUCUGUGAUCGUUCAGAAGCACAGUAACAAACACAUCAGCCGCAGAAGUUGUGCAUGUGUGUCCGUAUACAUGCCUGGGUGUUUUUCUCAGUGGACAGCGAUGGUGUGUAGGGCUGGUCUGAAGAGGCUGGAAGCACAUGCAGUAGGGCACAAAGGGGGCUGAUGAGAACUCACCUGAAAGGAGUGGUGCUGGCUGCUGAGUUCCUUGCUUGUAAACCAGGCACUGCAUGAGUCAGUGGGGUAACUUCCUUUGGUUUGGAGAGGAGGGGUCUACGGUUACUGUGUGGUGGUUUUCCUUCUUAACCACUUCACACCAUCAUGCACCCUUAGUCCUGUUUAAGUUCUAGCUAUGACCAUUUUCCUAGUUGGAAGGUAAAUGACUUCUUUUUUCCACCAGCCACUGAUAAAAAUGUAUUUUUAAAUUCGAAGCCUGACUAGCCACAGGAGUGUAGAUGUGCUCACUACAAGCAGCUGUCCUGCUAACCCUGAGGGGAACUCACUCCUUGGGAAGGAAAACACAGCUUCAGAAGCAGUAACUCAAGCUUCUGCUGAACUCAAAUUUAAGAAAUAUAAAGCAGCCUUUUAAAAAAGUGUGCCAAAUUUGCAGAGCAAAUUUAAACCACUGUCAAUUAAGUGUAGUUAAAAGCUUUUUCUGUAUUCACUCAACGGAUUCUGGUGUCUCUGAAAACAUCAGCAAGUAAAUGCUUUUCCCUCCAAUUCCUGGCGUCCUGGAGCUCAAUUUGAAUGGGGUGGUAGGUUUGCCUCACACAAUAAAUUUUUGUGGUUUUUUUUUUUUCCUCCUUUUUUUUGUAACAGGCACUACUUCUAACCUGGCAGGUCAGCUCUGAUGCACAGGGUGAGUGGACUAGAAAGCCGGAUUCUGUUUGUGCAGACUGUAAAAGGGAUGAGAGCAAGUUUUGUAUGCAUUCCUAUACUUGUAUAGUCUUAAUCUGUACAAAAAAAAAGCAACAAAAAACAAGUGUUCUUGCAGCAUGUCUGGUAACCUCGUUACCUAACAGGUAAUAACAGCCCUCCUUUCCUUACAGCUUUAUUUGGCACCUCUUGCUGUGCCACUUUUGUAGCAGUGCAGUACUACUUUUCAAAACUGAGCUUGACCACGUCACCUUUUCUAAGGGGAACUGGGGGGGCAGAGACAACAAUUAUUUAUUGUCCGCUAAAGUUUGUCUACAGCAGAUAAUUGGUCUUUUAAUGUUAAGACGGACUUCAGAGCCACCUUUUGAUGAAGGCAAACAGUGUUUGGAAGUUAAUACUGCAUUCCAGUGAACCAAGCCAUUGGUGUCCUGUGCAAUUGUGGAUGUAGAAUUCUGCUGUCUACAGGAUUCAAGUGUAACCAUUUGUUAACUGUACUGAAGGUGUGUCCUUUAUGAAGAAAGUGUUCCAAAUUAAAAAAAGCUGCUGAAGUGUG